AUGGUGUGUCUUAAUGUCAACCCUCGUGUGGCACUUGUUGACGAAAAGGUCUCCAUCACUGUCAACAGUCUUCGUCCACAACAGCGAGUGACGAUACUGUUACGGGUGGAAGAAGGAAAGGUAGUGUUCAACUCAUGUGCCCAUUUUCUGACAGACCAACAGGGACAGGUCAACGUUUCUCAACAUGCUUCUCUAGGUGGAACGUACAGAGGUGUUGACAGCAUGGGACUGUUCUGGAGUCUGAAGCCCGUUCCAGGAAUAUCUAAGGCGUCGCUUCUCAGAAAGAUAGAUGUUACAACACCUCUGGUCUUCAGACUGUCAGUCCUAGAUGACCACGUUCCCUUCGAUGACCUCCGGCUGUCAACACCAGUGGUGAAGGGCCAUUUCCUGCAGUGCUCGACAUGUUUGGCGCAGCGGGAAGGUGUGACAGAGUUCCGUGCUGCAUUACUGGCUUCCAGAGGCUUUGCUUGCUUUGCUCUUGCCUACUUUAGAUAUGAUGACCUGCCGACUUCACUAGCUGAUAUUGACUUUGAUUACUUUCUGAAUGCUGUAGACUGGCUGGCGUCUCAUCCCAGUGUCCAGCCUGGAGGUAUUGGAGUGGUCGGUACGUCCAAGGGAGGUGAAUUGGCCUUCCUGCUUGGCAUGUCAACUGAUCAAGCCUGGACGAAUAAUGCCAAGAUCUUAUACUUGUGUGGUGAAGACGAUAGCGUAUGGAGAACUGACUUUGCUAAUACAUUUAUUGUGACAUGUCCUGAAGAAAAGAGGAAGAACAUUGAGCUCAUCGUCUAUCCAGGAGCAGGACAUCUAAUCGAGCCACCAUAUAUGCCUGUGUCUACAUCCUUGAAUAACAAAGCCCUCGGCAUGAAAAUGGUGAUGGGAGGACAAACUGAAGCUCAUGCUGCAGCCCAGGAGGACGCCUGGAGAAGACUUCUCCACUUCCUCGAGACUCAUCUUUCACAGUAGCAUCACACCUCCAGAUGAUAAGAGCUGAAAACAUUGUUCCAUAGCCUUACAUAUUCAGAUGUUACUGUAAAACGUAUGUGUUAACGAUAAAUGAGAAGAUGUGUCCACUUCCUCUACACACAUCUGGAUUACCUAUAGUCGGUCAUAUGUUACACAAAACACCUCUAUUCCCUUUGGUCUAUACCAAAUUGUACCAACGCGGUUGUAUUUUCAUGGAAUAAAUAAGUUCAGAAUUUGAG